AUGGACGGAAAAGGAAGACUUAACCUACAAGAGUUUAGACACUUGUGGAACAAAGUCAAACAGUGGCAGGGAAUCUUUAAGUGCUAUGACUUUGAUCAUACUGGCACUAUCAGCAGCUAUGAGAUGAGAAACGCCAUCAAUGAUGCAGGGUUCCGUCUGAAUAACCAGCUCUAUGACAUCAUCACCAUGCGCUAUGCCAAUGAAAACAUGAACAUCGACUUUGACAGUUUCGUCAGCUGUCUUGUGCGACUGGAGGGGAUGUUCAGAGCAUUCCAGGCCUUUGAUCAAGGUGGAGAUGGCACCAUCAGACUUGAUGUACUGGAGUGGCUUCAGCUAACCAUGUACGCAUAGACCAACUAUGGAUCCAGGUGAGCCCUGACUCGGCAAGGACCAGAACUAGCAGCUCUUACCUCAACACUCAAUGUGCCAGACUACUGUUACCUCUUUCUCUGUACCUCAGCCCACACUGAACACCAGUUCUAGAAACUUAACACAUGAUUACUCCUCCUCUUCAUUUUAGUUUUAAAUGGGAUGGCAAGAAGAGUGAAAUGAGUAUUAGUGUUACAGACCGACGUUUUGCAGAGGAAACGUUUUUGGGGGCGUUGUGCCCAAGCAACUUUGGAGGCACGUCGCACGUUGCUGGUUUUCUGUUGUAAUUCAUUCCUCAGAGUAGCUUUUCACAUGACCUUCAUUCAGUUUGUCUACACUGGUGUUACAGGCAGCAUUUCUCUUUUACCUCAACUAGCCUCAAAAGAUGCUAAUGUUUCAUGGCCCUGAGAUUUCCUUUUGCCAUAUGCUGAUGGACCUAAUAUAUAAUUGAUUAUCUAAUAUUAUAUAGAACUAUAACAAUAAAAAUAAAUAGAUUCGGAUUUAACUCUUGACAAUAUUGCACACUUCUUAUUACAUUGUACACGUGAUGCCUUACAAUGAUGAGGAAAAACUACUUGAAAUCCAGUCUGACCAUUCACACUGAAACACAAUCCAGAUUUGUUUCCGAUUUCACACCACAUAUGGAUGUGGUUUUGACCAGGUUUGUAAAUCUAUCAAAAGUCAGAAUUUUGUCUGAACAAAAUGUCUCAGACACUUGGAAACUCUUAUCAUCAUACUACCACUCUUUCUGAUUCAGAUUUCUUAAAAAUAUCUUUCCAUCUUCACCCAGAUAUGCACUACAUACAUCCCAGCCUCCCAUUUGAUUUGGUAAUAACAAAAUCCAUUAAAAAAAGCAUGCAUGAGGGCCAUGAAGGUGGUCUUUAUUGUUUCAAAUCCUGGUUGUUUGUGGAGACAAUUUUGUUUUUGUAAAUGAUAGGAAAUAAGAAACAUGAAGAACCAAGUAAGGAAAAUAAUUUAAAAAACUACUGGAGAAUCAUCAGGAACCAUCUCAGAUGUCAUGACAGAUGGCAACAUUCAGGGUCUUUAUUGAAUGGUGUAUGGUCAUGGGUCGAUGCUAGGCUUUUUUUUUUUUUUUGUGCUUGACCCGCAUUUAACCUUUUGUUUAAACGAGUGUACUGACUUCAGCCGUUUAAUAAAUAAUCGUGUAGUUCUUGGUUGAAGUGCUUUCCCAGGAAAAAUAAAUAAUUUUUUUAAGUCUAAUUAUUUACACAAAAGCAUUAAGUACCAAUUACAAGAAAAAUAAAUAAAUGCAUGUUGAUUUUUUUAAUUAUUUUUCAACAAAGGGGCUGUAAAAGUAUUUCA